AUGGGAGGAUAUCAUCAGGGAAAUGAAAAAACUAUUUAUGAAUUUGUUGUUCGACAUUUUCUUGCAUGUGUGUCCAAAGAUGCAGAGGGGCGAGAAACAACGAUAGAGAUUGAAAUAAAAGGUGAAAGGUUUGCUGUUAAUGGGCUGGUGAUCAUUGCAAGGAACUAUCUCGAUGUUUACCCAUAUGAGAGAUGGAAUGCAAAAGUUAUUGGAGAAUACAGUCCAAAUGAAGUUUUUCAGCCUUCUUCUAUAGAGAUGACUGAAGGAGAAACAAGUGCACCAGAACUACUAACAGAAGCUGAUCUUAUAGGACUGAUGGAAAAACAUGGAAUAGGAACUGAUGCUACUCAUGCUGAGCAUAUAGAAACUAUCAAAUCCAGACUUUAUGUUGGUGUAAAUGAAAAUGGUCGUUUUAUACCCGGUGAACUGGGGAUGGGCUUAGUUGAAGGUUAUGACAUGAUGGGAUUUCACAUGUCCAAGCCCCAUUUGAGAGCUGAAUUGGAGGCUGAUCUAAAAAGAAUAACAGAAGGAGUACGAGACCCAAAAGUUGUACUUCGUGAGCAAGUAUCAAAAUAUAAGGAGUAUUUUAUUGAAGCAGUUGGUCAGGCAGCUAAACUGGAUUCUGCCUUAUCAGUGUAUUUUAAUGUGGAACCAGGACAAGUUGUUGAAGAUAGUUCAAACCCUCAGCUGAUGCCUAUAAUGAAGUGCCCAAAGUGUAAAUCUGGUGAUAUUGUUCUGCGAACUAAAAGAGAUGAUAGAGGGUUCUUUUUGUCUUGUAUGUCAUACCCUAAUUGUUCUGCAGUUAUGUGGUUACCUGACAGUUUGGAACAUAUCUCUGUCCUUGAGGAAGAAUGUGAAAAAUGUCUUCCUAGAAGGGUGAAGAAAGUGAAACUUAAAUUUAAACAUGGGGCAUUAAUGCCAUUUUUCCCUGACGAGUUUGUGAAUUGUCUUGGAGGUUGUGAUUCUGAGUUAAUGGAUGUCAUUGAUGCUCGACCUAUUGUGCCUGCAGGAAAUCCUAGCAUUACACCUACCUCAGUAACCUCAACAUCUAGAAACACAAGUUCAGAUAGUGGAUAUGAAUCUGCUCAACGUAUGUUUCAUAAUAACAAUGCAUCUUCAUCUUCUGCUAUCUCAAGAUCUAGUUCUACAUCAUCUGUAAGACAUCAUGCAUUUACUAGCUCUCAACAGCCUGGAUUUGUGUCUAGUCGACAAUUAAAUAGGCAACCAUUAAAUCCUGUGUUUUCUCCUAAUCGAAUUUCUAACCCGUCUGAUGAUAUAGUUUGCAACUGCGGUAAAAAAGCGAUUGUAUUAACUGUUAGGAAAGAAGGGCCCAAUACAGGCAGACAGUUUUAUAAAUGUCCUGAAAUGGCUGAAGAUAAAAGAUGUGGAUUUUUCUUGUGGAAAGAUGAUGAAAGUGCUCAGUCAUCACAGAUGAAUUCUUACCAAAGACCUGAGAAUAAUUUUGCUUUUAGGCAUUCUGCAAAUGCAAAUGAAAAUUCUGCUGUACUUUGUAGAUGCUCAUUAGAGGCAAGAUUGCUGACUGUUUCAAAAGAGGGGAUAAAUAAAGGGCGGCAGUUUUAUGCUUGCUCCAAGCCUCGAGAACAGUCAUGUGGUUUCUUUCAAUGGGCUAAUGCUGAUGAAAGCCAUGCGAGAAAUAUCCCUCAAACACAAUUAGCAG